AUGGCACUGGCACUCUUCUCCCUGAACUCAGGCCCAACUUAUACUGCGACUGAUGGAUCUACGAGCAGUCUGCACUGGUCUCGUUGUUCUUUGUCCCAGCCGGGAUCGCGUUCGUCUUCAACUUUUUGUCGUUCUUCGAAUGUCCGGCUGAUCGGCAGGACUAGAAAACGGUUCAGACUGCUAUCGGAAUCAACAAGCUGGUCAUCGUUAAACGGAUGCUCGUGA